UCAUGCUGCUGCCAGGUCCAGAGUCUCUCAUGGGUCCCUGUACGGCCUCCCAUUGCUGCUGUCUCCAUCGCCACACUCUGCCAUGUGCCACUUUCAGGUCUCCUCACACUGCUGGUGUGUUGAAUUUUUUGACAUAGGGUGCUGGCAGAUUACGGGCCUCCCUUAGCUGCUGCCAGGCCCCUAAUCUGCCAUGGGCCCCUAUAUACCGCCUCCUCAUGCUGCUGCCAGGUCCAGAGUCUCUCAUGGGUCCCUGUACGGCCUCCCAUUGCUGCUGUCUCCAUCGCCACACUCUGCCAUGUGCCACUUUCAGGUCUCCUCACACUGCUGGUGUGUAGAAUUUUUUGAC